AGGAGAGAGAAACAAGCAACACAAUUCUGUGGUUGGAAUUCCUUAUAUAGAGAAGAAAUCUGUGGCCAAAUCCUUAAAGAAAAAGGAAUCCUACUCCAAUAAGGAGUUGGAAAUUCUCUUUGAGUUCUAUUUAAACAAGGAGAUAGCAAUUUUGUUUAUUCCUUCCUAAGUUAGGAAUCCUACUGCAUUAAGGAAUAGUCAACUGAUCUGUUUGUUUUAAUUUCUUUGGGUUGGUUCUUUUAUUGCUUUUCUUGGUCGUUCCUUUGUGUCUUUCUGUUUCCUUUAACUCUUCCAAAUUUGUUGGAGUUAGAUUGUCGCAAAAUAACUUGAUUUGAGCUUGUUUAGUUCAAUAACGAACUGAAAGAGGGAAGUUGAGUGAGGGAAAAAGGCAUGAGGUUUCAAUCAUGUUAAGCGGUGAUGACAGAAAACACCAAGUGGACGAUUCCUUCAUGCUUAAAGCUAUGCAACAACAAUUUCAGAGGCUAGACAUCAUGUUUGGUGAAAUUAAAGACAAAAUGGAGAAGCAAGAUGCAGCCAUUGCCAAGUUAUACCAAAUACAGAAUGGAAGUCCAAAUUUGCAUAAUCACGAUCUUGAUGACAAUGAUGAAGAUGCAUUCAACAAUGAUGCCCAGGACUCAAAUUUCAGCAUGGACAGGUCUAUGAGAGGUAGAGGGGGUCAAAGAUAUAGAUUUAACAAAGGAGACCAAAAUCUAGCAAGGUGGGGAGAUUGGCAAGAUCAUGACUUAGGCAGCAUCAAGAUGAAGAUUCCUCCAUUUCAAGGCAAAAAUGAUCCAGAUGUGUAUUUGGAGUGGGAAAAGAAGGUGGAAUUGGUGUUUGAUUGCCAUAACUACUCUAAGGAGAAAAAGGUGAAACUAGCAGCGGUGGAAUUUACUGAUUACGCUGUGGUGUGGUGGGAUCAGGGCCUUACUCAAGGGUCCAGAAGCAUUGAGGAUUAUCACAAGGAGAUGGAAAUCGCAAUGGUCAGAGCAAAUGUCGAAGAGGAUAGAGAAGCAACAGUGGCAUGGUUUCUACAUGGUUUAAAUCGUGAUAUAGCUAAUGUGGUGGAGCUGCAGCAUUAUGUGGAAUUGGAAGAUAUGGUGCAUAUGGCGGUGAAAGUAGAACGGCAACUCAAGCGUAAAGGAGCCACUAGCAGAAUUGGGCAAAAUCCAGGUUCCUCAUUUUCUUCGAAACCAAAUUGGAGCAAAAAGGAAGAAAAUUCUGUUUUUAAGCCUAAAACUGCAGCAUCUAAGACAAAAAAAGUGGGCAGCAAUGAGAAGAGUAAAGCAGAUAAUACGCAAGGUAGAAACCGAGACAUCAAGUGCUUUCGAUGCUUGGGAAGAGGGCAUAUUGCAUCACAAUGCCCUAAUAAGUACACGAUGAUCUUGAAAGAGGAUGGAGAAAUUGAAACAGAAGGUGAAUCUGAUGAUGACUCUAUGCCACCAUUGGAAGACGCUGAUGAUGGCAUGGAAUAUGCUGUUGAUGGAGAACUGCUUGUCACCAAGCGUGCUUUGAAUGUGCAAGCCAAAGAAGAUGACGAAGUACAACGCGACAACAUAUUUCACAUGAGGUGCCAUAUCAAAAAUAAGGUAUGUAGUGUGAUUAUUGAUGGUGGCAGUUGUACUAAUGUAGCAAGCACUGUUUUGGUUGAAAAGCUUAAUUUACCUAUGAUGAAGCAUCCAAGGCCAUAUAAGCUGCAAUGGUUAAAUGAUUGUGGAGAAAUCAAGGUAAAUAAGCAAGUUCUGGUUUCAUUCUCUAUCGGACAAUAUAAGGAUGAGGACUUCAAGGAUGUGUUCCCAGAUGAUGUUCCUAAUGGUUUACCACCAAUAAGAGGAAUUGAGCAUCAAAUUGACUUCAUUCCUGGUGCAACAAUUCCAAACCGACCAGCAUAUCGAAGCAAUCCCGAUGAGACGAAAGAACUUCAAAGGCAGGUCGAAGAACUCAUGAAAAAGGGACAUGUGAGAGAAAGCAUGAGUCCAUGUGCAGUUCCAGUGCUACUUGUGCCUAAGAAGGAUGGGACAUGGCGUAUGUGCAUUGAUUGUCGUGUGGUCAACAAAAUCACUGAUGAAGGAAGGUGAUGAAUGGAAAACAGCCUUUAAAACGAAACAUGGUUUAUAUGAGUGGUUAGUUAUGC